GUCCAUGCCGGGAAAGGACGCGAGGCGCAGGAAAGUAACAAGAGCGGCUGCAUCCAGUUCCAAAGGUGGGAGGGAAAGGAAGCGGAAAGGAGGAGGGGGAAAAAUCCUGGAAAACGGAAAACUACACACAGACACACACUCACUCUCUCUUUCUCAGAACCUUCCUGCUGGUCCACGAGAAAAUACAUUCGGGACAAAGAGAUUUACCUGGGGGGCGGGGGGGAGAGAAUCACCAGGAGAAGAAAUGAGUCGUCACAGAUCGAGUGCAUCACUGGUGUUUAUUAAUUAGAAGAGAGUGUCUAAAAGAAGGGGGGGGCGACAGCAAGAGGUUUCCACUCCGGUGGGUCUUUGAGACAAGGCCUCCGGCAGGAAAUCAACGCCACCCUCGGACAGAGAGAAGCAGCUGAGAAGCUCCGGCACAUCCUUGGCUGAGAGAGGAAAAGCGGAAGGGAAGAGUUUAUUCUUCGGCUUCUUGGCAGCGUCCGCGCCGUCGACCUCCCCUAGCAGCUUGCCACUUGGCCGCUGGUCGCUUCUGGAAGCCAAGGGCUGCAGAGAGCGGAGAGGAAGGAAGUUUCCCAAUGAAGAACUGAAGUCCCCUCCAAGCCGGGGCGGCCUGGUGGCCGAGCGCAGCUCCAAUGUAAAACGAAGGUGCGCAACAACUUGGCGGCCGGAGGCGGCGGGCUGCCGGGGCUGCCGCCUCCGCUUGGCCCGGCGUGGGGCUGUUGGUGCGGGCUUUCGGUGGUGCUCUCCUCCUCGUCUUCGUCGGUGAUCGGGCGGAGCGGGCUUGGCAUCGGCCCGCGCGCGCGGAGGCGGCGACUGCGGCGUUGGAUCCGUCAACUUACUGCGAGAGCCCGGUGUACAGCCCGGACGUGUGCCCCAACAUGAUCGCGGCGCAGGCCAAGCUGGUGUACCAGCUGAACAAGUACUACACGGAGCGGUGCCAGGCGCGCAAGGCGGCCAUCGCCAAGACCAUCCGCGAGGUGUGCAAGGUGGUCUCCGACGUGCUCAAGGAGGUGGAAGUGCAGGAGCCGCGCUUCAUCAGCUCGCUCAGCGAAAUCGACGCGCGCUACGAGGGCCUGGAGGUCAUCUCGCCCACCGAGUUCGAGGUGGUGCUCUACCUCAACCAGAUGGGCGUCUUCAACUUCGUCGACGACGGCUCGCUGCCCGGCUGCGCAGUCCUCAAGCUGAGCGACGGCCGCAAGCGCAGCAUGUCGCUCUGGGUGGAGUUCAUCACGGCCUCGGGCUACCUGUCGGCGCGCAAAAUCCGCUCGCGCUUCCAGACGCUGGUGGCGCAGGCGGUGGACAAGUGCAGCUACCGUGACGUGGUCAAGAUGAUCGCCGACACCAGCGAGGUGAAGCUGCGCAUCCGCGAGCGCUACGUGGUGCAGAUCACGCCCGCCUUCAAGUGCACCGGCAUCUGGCCGCGCAGCGCGGCGCAGUGGCCGCUGCCGCACAUCCCCUGGCCGGGGCCCAACCGCGUGGCCGAGGUCAAGGCCGAGGGCUUCAACCUGCUCUCCAAGGAGUGUUACUCGCUGACGGGCAAGCAGAGCUCGGCCGAGAGCGACGCCUGGGUGCUGCAGUUCGGCGAGGCCGAGAACCGCCUGCUGCUGGGCGGCUGCCGCAACAAGUGCCUGUCGGUGCUGAAGACGCUGCGCGACCGGCACCUCGAACUGCCCGGCCAGCCGCUCAACAACUACCACAUGAAGACGCUGCUGCUCUACGAGUGCGAGAAGCACCCGCGCGAGACCGACUGGGACGAGGCGUGCCUGGGCGACCGCCUCAACGGCAUCCUGCUGCAGCUCAUCUCCUGCCUGCAGUGCCGCCGCUGCCCGCACUACUUCCUGCCCAACCUCGACCUCUUUCAGGGCAAGCCCCACUCGGCCCUCGAGAGCGCCGCCAAGCAGACCUGGCGCCUGGCCAGGGAGAUCCUCACCAACCCCAAAAGCCUCGACAAGCUAUAGGAGGCGGCGGGGAGCGGGGGGACCGGCCGGUCGUCGGGAGGAAGGCAGGCGCGGAAGAGACAAAGACUGCGGAGAAUCACAGACUCUUAUUUAAAGACGCGAUUAAAGGGGGGAAAGAGAGACCGCGGCGGGAGAGAGGGGGGGGGGGCAGAACCCUCCUCCCACAGACACACGACAGACUCGAAGCCCAGCAGUUGGCAACCCCUCCUCUCUUCUCUCCUUCUUUCUAGUAAAGGAGGAUAUUUUUUAAAAAACCAAAAAAAGUCACUUAAAAACAAACACACACAAAAACGGCGGCGGGACUUUGCAACAAACAGCCAAACGAAACCCGAGGUACAUUUCAUUUUCCUCCCCAGUAUUAAGUGUAUGUCAUUCGUUCCUGUCCCUACUUGUCUUUCUCUCGUUCGUUUGCCUGAAUGUUGUCACCAAGUGGAAACAAAAUUAUUUAACUAUGUACAAAUUUCUCUCUCUCUCUCUCUCUAAGAAAGGGGGGAAGCCCACAAAAAGUUUACUGAUGUUAAAUGUAUUUCAGUGCCAAGGUCACAUUAUGUGCGCCCCUUCCCCCAACCCUUCCCUAAAUUGACUUGUUGAAAACAGUAAUAAUAAUAAUAAUAAUAAAACGAUUUUAACUUUA